GACGCGCAGGGCGGACACGGCGGAGCCGCUUCUCCGAGCCUCCGUGAGGCUUGUAGCCGCAGGAUAACGGUGCCAGCCCCGGUAUGAGCGGAGGUCGGGCCGCGGAGCCCCGGCCCGGUGCUGUCAGACGGGGACCAGGGCCCCGGAGCGGGUAACUCGCUGCCGCCGCCUCCCUCGGAUCGGGGAAAUCCUCCGGCCGGCCCGUUUUUUCCGGCCCCGCUCAGAUCGUGUGUUUGUCAGUGUCAGAGCUCCGGGAUCUGGUCCGGUUCGCCCCUCGCUCAGCCUUUGGGCCCGGUCCCGGUCCCGGCCUGGAGCAUGACCCGUAGGACAGCUUCUUGGACCGUUUUUUCCGGGGACAUGUCCGCUGGAGGGAACGCGGCGGAGAGCCGCUAACUGGCCGCCUGUCCGCCGCAGGAGCGUCUCCAGGACCGGGAGGGUUCGGGCCACAUCCGCUGAUUGACCGAGGAUCCUCUACCGGAACCGGAGCCAGCAUGGAGGAGCCCGGCCUGGACGACUCCAAUGUCAAGGUGGCGGUCCGGGUCCGACCCAUGAACCGCAGGGAGAAGGAGCUGAACACUAAAUGUGUUGUGGAAAUGGUGAAGAAUCAGACCAUCCUCCACCCCGCCGGAACCAACCUGGGAAAAGCAGAUUCCAGGAGUCAGUCCAAGGUCUUCGCCUAUGAUUACUGCUUCUGGUCCAUGGAUGAGACGGAUCAGGACAACUUUGCAGGUCAGGAGGUGGUGUUUCAGUGCCUUGGAGAAAGUCUUCUCCACAACGCCUUCCAGGGCUACAACGCCUGCAUCUUUGCCUACGGACAAACCGGCUCGGGGAAGUCGUACACCAUGAUGGGUUCCGGAGACCACCCCGGCCUGAUCCCUCGCCUGUGCAGCGCUCUGUUUGAGCGGACGCAGAAGGAGCAGAGGGAGGAGGAGAGCUUCACCGUGGAGGUGUCCUACAUGGAGAUCUACAACGAGAAGGUCCGGGACCUGCUGGACCCCAAAGGGGGAAGACAAACUCUGAGGGUGAGAGAACACAAGGUUCUGGGUCCGUACGUGGACGGCCUGUCUCGACUGGCAGUGGCCAGCUACAAGGACAUCGAGUCUCUCAUGUCGGAGGGGAACAAGUCUCGAACCGUCGCUGCGACCAACAUGAACGAGGAGAGCAGCCGGUCGCACGCCGUCUUCAACAUCAUCCUCACACACACUCUGAAGGACCUGCAGUCUGGGACCAGCGGGGAGAAGGUGAGCCGCCUGAGUCUGGUGGACCUGGCUGGAAGUGAGCGAGCAGCAAAGACCGGAGCCGCCGGAGAACGCCUGAAGGAGGGCAGCAACAUCAACAAGUCUCUCACCACGUUGGGUCUGGUGAUCUCUGCUCUGGCUGAACAGGGAACAGCGAAAAACAAGACCAAGUUUGUUCCGUACAGAGAUUCAGUUCUGACCUGGCUGCUGAAGGACUGUCUGGGGGGCAACAGUCGCACUGCCAUGGUGGCCACCAUCAGUCCGGCGGCAGACAACUACGAGGAGACGCUGUCCACGCUGCGCUACGCCGACCGCGCCAAGAACAUCGUCAACCACGCCGUGGUCAACGAAGACCCCAACGCCCGCAUCAUCCGCGAGCUGCGGGAGGAGGUGGAGAAGCUCCGGGUGCAGCUCACCCAGGCAGAGUCAUUAAAGGCCCCGGAGCUGAAGGAGCGUCUGGAAGAGUCUGAGAAGUUGAUCCAGGAGAUGACCAUCACCUGGGAGGAGAAGCUUCGGAAAACAGAGGAGAUCGCACAGGAGCGUCAGAAGCAGCUGGAGAGUUUGGGAAUCUCUCUGCAGUCGUCUGGGAUCAAAGUCGGAGAUGAUAAAAGCUUCUUGGUGAACCUCAAUGCUGACCCCGCCCUCAACGAGCUGCUGGUGUACUACCUGAAGGACCACACCAAAGUGGGCUCGGCGGACUCUCAGGACAUCCAGCUGUGCGGGAUGGGCAUCCAGGCCGAGCACUGCGUCAUCGACAUCACGGCCGAGGCCGCCGUCGUCCUCAGCCCGCUGCGCGGCGCCCGGACGUGUGUGAACGGCUCUCCGGUGAGCAGCGCUCUGCAGCUGCACCACGGAGACCGCAUCCUCUGGGGAAACAACCACUUCUUCAGGAUCAACCUGCCGAAGCGGCGGUCUCGCGCGGCGGAGGAUGAGGAGGGUGAAGGCGGAGCGAUGAGGAAGAGCGGCAGCAGUGAGCAGCUGGACGCAGACGGAGACACGGCCAGCGAAGUGUCCAGCGAGGUCAGCUUCUCCUACGAGUUCGCCCAGACGGAGGUCAUGAUGAAGGCGCUGGGCAGUAACGACCCCAUGCAGGCCGUGCUGCAGUCCCUGGAGAGGCAGCACGAGGAGGAGAAGAGGUCGGCCCUGGAGCGGCAGAGGCAGAUGUACGAGCAGGAGCUGCAGCAGCUCCGCAGGAAGCUCCACCCGGACCGCCUGUCCGCGGCGCCGCCGCAGCCGGGCCCGGGCCAGCAGGCCCACUACCGCAGCCUGGAGAGGCUCAGCGUGGGAGGGAUGAGCCAGUCCACCAGCGCCCAGAGCCGGCUGAGGCAGUGGAGCGAGGACAGGGAGGCGGUGUUCGUCAGGAGCCUGAGGAGGCUCCGGGAGCAGAUCGUCAGGGCCAACACCCUGGUCCAGGAGGCCUGCUUCAUCUCCGAUGAGCUGGAGCGGCACACCGAGUACCGAGUCACGCUGCAGAUCCCCUCGGACAACCUCAACGCCAACCGCAAGAGAGGGGCGGUCCUGAGCGAACCGGCCAUCCAGGUGCGCAGGAGGUGUCGGGGGAAGCAGAUCUGGAGUCUGGAGAAGAUGGAGAACCGUCUGGUGGACAUGAGGGAGCUGUACCAGGAGUGGCAGGACUACCACCAGCACCACCAGGACGACCCGGUCAUGCGCUCAUAUUUCCGCCGAGCCGACCCGUUCUUCGACGAGCAGGAGAACCACAGUCUGAUCGGCGUGGCCAACGUCUUCCUGUCCUGCCUCUUCUACGACGUCAAGCUGCAGUACGCUGUUCCCAUCAUCAACCAGAAGGGGGAGGUUGCAGGCCGUCUCCAUGUGGAGGUGGUGCGGCUGGGCGGAGGCCUGGAGGACAGCAUGGCCGGAGGGGAGGAGCCUGAUUACAACCAGGACAGCGAUGUUCAGGACAGGAAGUUGGUCUGCAUGAUCAAGAUCCUCCAGGCCACCGGUCUUCCUCAGUACCUGUCCAACUUCGUCUUCUGUCAGUACUCCUUCUGGGACCAGCCUGAGCCCGUCAUCGUGGCUCCUGAGGUGGACCCGUCCUCGUCCUCCCCCAGCUCCAAGGACCCCCACUGCAUGGUGGUGUUUGACAGCUGCAGGGAGCUGGCGGUGUCGGUCAGUGAAGACUUCAUCGAGUACCUGACGGAAGGCGCGGUGGCCAUCGAGGUGUUCGGACACAGACAGGCCGACGCAGGACGGAACCCCGCUCUGUGGGACCUCAGCAUCAUCCAGGCCAAGACACGCACCCUGCGAGACCGAUGGAGCGAGGUGACGCGGCGCCUGGAGAUGUGGAUCCAGAUCCUGGAGAUCAAUGAGAACGGGGACUUUGUCCCGGUGGAGGUGGUCCCUGCUAAGGACGUGUCCACCGGGGGGAUCUUCCAGCUCCGACAGGGCCAGUCCCGGAGGAUCCAGGUGGAGGUGCACUCGGUGCAGGACUCGGGCACCAUGCCCCUGAUCGCCGAGGUCCUGCUGGCCGUGUCCGCGGGCUGCGUGGAGGUCCGGGGCAGCGCGGCGAGCCAGGACGGGGACGAGAUGGACAGCUACCAGGAGAGGGACCUGGAGAGGCUGAGGAGGCAGUGGCUCGCCGCUCUCACCAAGAGACAGGAGUACCUGGACCAGCACCUGCAGAGCCUGGUCAGCAAGACGGAGAAGACAGAGGAUGACGUGGAGAGGGAGGCUCAGCUGCUGGAGUGGCGCCUGACCCUCACCGAGGAGAGGAACGCCGUCAUGGUGGCCCUCUGCUGGCUGCGGCAUCCCGGAGCGCCGGCUGAGUGGGUUCCUCUGCCGGGCAUGGAGACUCACAUCCCCGUCCUGUUCCUCAACCUCAAACCCGACGACCUGAGCUCUCAGGACCAGUUCGAGGUUCCUGAGGCUGGAGGCUGGGACGCCACGCUGAGCGGAGAGGACGAGGACGACUUCUUCGACCUGCAGAUUGUGAAACACUAUGAUGGAGAGGUGAAGGCCGAGGCGUCAUGGGACUCCACGGUCCACGAGUGUCCCCAGCUAAGCCGGGGGGGGGCGUGGCCCGAGCAGCGCGUCUACCUGACGGUGCGGGCGGUGCUGCAGCUCAGCCACCCGGCCGACAUGCAGCUGGUGCUGCGGAAGAGGAUCUGCGUGAACGUGAACCCCGGCCGGCAGGGCUUCGCCCACAGCCUCCUGAGGAGGAUGUCUGCCCGCAGCUCCAUCCCGGGCUGCGGGGUCACCUUCGAGGUGGUGUCCAACAUCCCCGGGGACGCUCCGGGCUCGGAGGACAGGGAGAUGCUGGCUCACCUCGCCGCUAACGCCCACAGCAGCCCGUCGGCCGACAGCGAGGCGGCCAUCGAGAAGUACCUCCGCAGCGUCCUGAGUCUGGAGAACAUCCUGACCCUGGACCGGCUCCGGCAGGAGGUGGCGGUGAAGGAGCAGCUGUCCGGUCGAGGACGGAGCAGCAGAAGGAGUCUCAGCUCUCCGUCUGUCCACAGACUCUCUGGCAGUAGACAGGACCUGUCCACCACCUGCCUGCUGGACGACAAGGGACGAUGGGAGAGUCAACAGGACAUCUUCAUGCCGUCUCAGUUCCAGCGUCCUCUGCCCCGCCCCGCCUCCUCACCUUCCACUUACUCCACCUCUCCCUCCUCCACCCCGUCGCCCUUCGCCGGCGCCCCCCAGAACCAGGAGGCGGAACCAGUGAAGGCGCUGGUUCCUCAGAUGCCCAAACUACUCAAGUCCCUGUUCCCGGCGCGAGACGAGAAGAAGGAGCUGCGUCCGUCUCCCCAGAGCCAGCAGCAUGUGCCUCGCAUCGUGACUUCGUCGGGAGGCAACGACGGCCGAGUCCGGAGCGACGGGACUCCUGCUCUCCGGCCUCCAGCCAAAGACAGAAGGGCGGAGUUCCCAGAAGCCCCUCCUCUUCCUGUGCAUGACCCGCAUGACUCCGCCCCCCUCAGCCCCCUCAGCCAGUCGUCCAGCGGAUACUUCUCCACCAGUGUUUCUACGGUCACUCUGUCUGACGUCCUCCAGCCCUCCCCGUCGUCCUCGUCCCUCCUGGCCGCUGACUCCGGCUGCCCCUCGGACCCGCCGCCGCCGCCGCCGGCUGACGGGAACCGUGUUGUGACCUCUCCUUCUCAGUGCGGCACCGAGACGCCGACCUCCCGCUCCUCCCUCCCGGCGGAUGACCCCCGGCUGCCGACGCCGGGCGGAGGAGGACAGCCGGAGACGGGUUUGGACAGUGAGGAGGGGAAGGCCCCCCCCCUGCCGGAGUGGCUGACGGAGGGGGCGUGCGUGGCGCUGGGCAGCAGCAAGGCGGGGACCGUGCGCUACGUGGGGACCACGCGCUUCGCUGACGGAGUGUGGGUGGGCGUGGAGCUGGACGCUCCGGUGGGAAAGAACGACGGCUCCGUGGGAGGUCAGCGGUAUUUCCAGUGUAAGCCGGCUCACGGGGUGCUGGUCCGGCCGGACCGGCUGUCUCUGCAGAGCUCAGACCUCAGCGCUCCUGCCCCGCACCUCCCCGUCCUGCGAGGACACGCCUCCGCUGCACGGCGGGCGGAGCACCGCAAGUCAUGGAGCAGCUAAAAGAGGGGCGCCGGGAGCUGGGGGGCGGGGGGUGACCUCCCCGAAGUCCUCCUGCUCCUCCUCCAGCUCAGCUAUGCAACAGGCCCACAGCAGAAGGACACACUGCCUAACUCCCGUAGUUAAACUACACUCACUGCGUCCUACAGAACAUGGACAGAACUCAAAUGAAGACAUGAAGAAACCUUCAGGAGUUCAGGAAGGACUGCAGAGUGUCCUGAAGUCCACAGAGGACUGACACUUGAUGAACGGGAGCCGGACGAGGAGGCCGAGGAGACGUUCAGGGAUGCAAACGGCUCUCUUCACUUUAUCUGGUUGGACAGAAUGGAGAGCUGCUCUCCGGCUCCAUGCUGGUGAUUCACCACCGAUGGUGUUUCACAGCUUCUGCACCACAUCAGCAGGUGCUGCCAAACCCAACGCCACAUGUUUAAUUGUUUUAAAAGGUCAUUUUAGUUGAAAACUUUCCCCCAAAAAAAUCACAGAAUAACAGAAUGUGAAGGAUGAAGUGUGUUGAUGUCCUCUGGGAGAUGUUUGUGUCUUCAGGUCAGACGUCUGCAGCCUGCAGUUUUUACCUGCUUUUCCUCUGGGUGAGGUGAGACGAGAUGACACGAGACGAGACAAGCCGCAAGACGAGACGACACAAGCCACGAGACGAGACAAGCCGCAAGACGAGACGACACAAGCCACGAGACAAGACAAGCCAGGAGACGAGACGACACAAGCCACGAGACAAGACAAGCCAGGAGACGAGACGACACAAGCCACGAGACGAGACAAGCCAGGAGACGAGACGACACAAGCCACGAGACAAGACAAGCCACGAGACAAGACCACACAAGCGAUGAGAUGACAGAAACCAUGAGACGAGACAAGUCCCAAGACGAGAAAAUCCACGAGACGAGACAAAACAAGCCGCUGACGACACAAACCACCUGACGAGACGACACAAGCCACGAGACGAGACAAGCCGCAAGACGAGACGACACAAGCCACGAGACAAGACAAGCCAGGAGACGAGACGACACAAGCCACGAGACAAGACAAGCCAGGAGACGAGACGACACAAGCCACGAGACAAGACAAGCCAGGAGACAAGACCACACAAGCGAUGAGAUGACAGAAACCAUGAGACGAGACAAGUCCCAAGACGAGAAAAUCCACGAGACGAGACAAAACAAGCCGCUGACGACACAAACCACCUGACGAGACGACACAAGCCACGAGACGAGACAAGCCGCAAGACGACACGAGACAAGCCGCAAGACGAGACGACACAAGCCACGAGACAAGACAAGCCAGGAGACGAGAUGACACAAGCCACGAGACAAGACAAGCCAGGAGACGAGACGACACAAGCCACGAGACGAGACAAGCCAGGAGACGAGACGACACAAGCCACGAGACAAGACCACACAAGCGAUGAGAUGACAGAAACCAUGAGACGAGACAAGUCCCAAGACGAGAAAAUCCACGAGACGAGACAAAACAAGCCGCUGACGACACAAACCACCUGACGAGACGACACAAGCCACGAGACGAGACAAGCCGCAAGACGAGACGAGACAAGCCGCAAGACGAGACGACACAAGCCACGAGACGAGACAAGCCAGGAGACGAGACGACACAAGCCACGAGACAAGACAAGCCAGGAGACGAGACGACACAAGCCACGAGACAAGACAAGCCAGGAGACGAGACCACACAAGCCACGAGACAUCACAAGUGACGAGACAAGCCACGAGACGACACAAGCCACGAGACGAGACAAAACAAGCCGCUGACGACACAAACCACCUGACGAGACGACACAAGCCACGAGACGAGACAAGCCGCAAGACGAGACGAGACAAGCCGCAAGACGAGACGACACAAGCCACGAGACGAGACAAGCCAGGAGACGAGACGACACAAGCCACGAGACAAGACAAGCCAGGAGACGAGACCACACAAGCCACGAGACAUCACAAGUGACGAGACAAGCCACGAGACGAGACAAAACAAGCCGCCGACGACACAAACCACCUGACGAGACGACACAAACCAUGAGACGAGACAAGCAGCGAGGCGAGCCGCGAGACAAGCGGUCUUCAGGCUGCAGACGUCUGGCUUGUGUUCUGCCUGUCAGUUCCACUCUGUGCCACAUGAUGGCGUCCUGAGUGCCUCUGCUCUGUCCAUACUGGGACGAACAGUGAAGUCCCAGACCAGAGCCGGGACAGGCUGGACUGUGGAGGGACUCACUGCCGCCCCCCGCUGUGCCAAAGAGGAGCUGCAGCUGCUGUCAGAGCGGCAGGAACCUCCCGGCGCUCGAACGCAGGUGUGUUUGCAUCCCUGGCGGUCUCGGCCCGCCCCGCCGUUCAUGUCCCAGCAGCCUCCUCUGCCGCGCCCACUGAAGACGGAUCGUCCCAGAAAGUGCCUUUGCCGUGUCUCUGAUUUUCUCUCAGCUGUGUCUGUGUUGUGGAGAAAGCCCUGUGCUCAGUGCGAGGUGAUCUCAGACUGCAGAGGGGAAGGACAUCCGUGUGUGUGUGUGUGUGUGUGUGUGUGUGUGUGUGUGCGUGCGUGCGUGCGUGCGUGCGUGCGUGCGUGCGUGCGUGCGUGCGUGCGUGCGGUGCUGUGCAGUGGCUCGGUGUGUCUGGACAGACGGACGGACGGCGGCCAUGCUGAUUUUGCACUGGAGACGUUGGACCAGGAGCUUUUGAAUGAGAGACCGUGUCGGGUGGUGUGUGUAUCUCUGUGUGUGUUGUUACAGUAGCAUGAAGGUGUGUGUACGUGAAGAGAGAAGCUUCAGGGGUGCGGGGAGGAAAUGGUGACGGUUGUGUAGUUUGUGUGCAGCGGCGCUGUGCGUCCUCAGUGAGACGCCCUGCUGCUAACCCGGUGGACGUUAGGACGUUAGCCACGUGUUGGACGAGCGUCCCUCCCUGGGGGACGAGUCCAGGCUGUCCUGGGGUUGGGAGAGGUUCCUUCACGUCUGGUCUGGAGGACAGAUCCGGGACACGGAGGGCUCAGCUGUUAGCCAUGUGUUCACAGUCCUUGUGAAUACUUGAUCUGUAAUACGGUGGAAGUAUAUCCAAGCUUUCUGUUGGUUCAUGCUGUCACGAGUCCUCUGGACUCAGCGGGGAGUCGGUUUGUGUUUAAAUGCCUUUAUCACAUGAACCUUUAUAAAGCCUUUUUAUUUGAAGUAUUAUUGCACAAGUGAUUUUGUGGAAAUUGCUGCUAUUGGCAUAUAAAUCUGUAAAUGGAUUGGUCCAUUGUAUUUCCAUGUUAUGUUUUUAAAUCCUAAAAUGAUUUAAAUCAGCGCUUUUGAUUCAAAUGGCACAUAUAUUUUAACAUACAGUUAAUCUCCAGCAGGUGGGGACAGGGUUCUCGCAGAUCAGACGGUUGGGAUGUUUUUUUGUGGGAGAAAAUAUCUUUUAAUAGGAAAAUAGGUCACUGUAGUGUUAGAUGAAUCUCAGAGUGUGUCAGCGCCGUCGCCAUCCUGUAGUUUCAUCAUGUGUGUAUUUAUUAAAGCCAAGAGCAGCCCUGUGAUUGGCUGGUUUGUCUGUUGGUUGGUCGGUUGUUGAGUCAGUCGGUUGGUUGGUAGAUGAUUGGUUGCUUGGUCAGUUGGGUGGUUGGUUAACCUGUCGGGUUGGUCAGUUCUUGUUUUUUUGUUUUUUUUUGGUGGCCAUAUAGUUGACUUUCAGGAUGUGGACUUUGUGGUUUGUAGUAGUUGGAUGGUAAUGAACGGUGUGUGUGUGUGUGUGUGUGUGUGUGUGUGUGUGUGUGUGUGCGCGUCUCUCUCAAUGGGAAACAUCCACCAGCAGGCCCUGGGCCCGUUGCGUCAGGCGGUCCCGAGCGGUCUCCCCGGCUCCGGUUCCGCCCUGGUCUGUUGGGUCUGGGAUCACUUCAGGAUGUUGUUUUCUGUUCUUGUGCCUCAGAAACCAUGUGACCAUGUAUCUUCCACACUGUUCUCAUAUCAGUGCUUCGACUCCUUUUGCACAAAAGGGGAACUGAGAGGUUUCUCUCCGGGACUCUUGUAUAUGUAAAAAUACAAACUUUUCUAUGAUUCAGUGUUGUCAAGUUACCUGUUCUUUCUCUUUAUGAGUUUGGAAGUUGUUUUUUUUCCACUGACGAGAGCAGCAGGUUUUUGAAGGUUAACUGAACGUCGGCUCAGUCCCGGUUUCUCUGACUAAGCUGUCGGAAGCAUUGGGGCUGUGCCGACCUCUUGGCUGCGUCCUCUUCCUCGGAGGGACAGUACGGUUGUGAGUCAGCCAGCGUGGGAACGUGGUCUUCUCUCUCCUGCUGUAGCUUCUUCUGUUCUUCAGCUCCUGCUCUGCGGUCCAACGCUUCAGCCUGUCGGCUCGUUGCCUCUGACUGAGAGCAGCUCAGGGUUCCCGUCUUUAUUUUCCCAGGUAGAAGUUUUCACCUCUCCUUUUGGCUGCGAUGGCACAAGCAGGAGUCCUCAUGUAGUAGGGAACUGAAACAUUUCUCACAUCAAGUAGAAGAGGAGGAUUAGUUAUAAUGAAGGCCAGCAAGUCUUAAAAGUCAGUUGUGGCCCCGGAGGAUUCCGUUUGAUGGUCCACACAGCUCCAGUAACGUGGCUUUUCUCUGGACGGCCACGCUUCAGAAUGCAGCGGCGGCCUGUUUUCACUCCAGCCAUCAGCUCCUGUGUGGAGACUCUUUCCUGCUGCACAUCUCAUCCUCCACGUCCUCGUGGGACGAAGAACCAUGUUUCCUCCUCAUCAGAUGGGCUGGUGUCGGAGCUGGACCGACUUCCCUCUGCUGAAGCUCUGUUUUCAACACAGUCGGAACCACAUUCACAUUAUGGGAGCGUGUUUCGAUCAGCCCCGGUCUGGAGCGUCCCCUGUCCUAAUGUGGCCUUCGACCUGGACCCAGAGCAGGUUUCCCCCGGACCGGACUGAGUGGCGCUCUGGAGGAACCCCCCCUCCGGCUGCUGUGUGGCUCCUCAGCAGGAAGUCAGGGGUUGUUGUCUUGGCUCAAGUCGGGGGAGAGGCAGGUGAACCAGACCCGGAGCCGUGUGGGUCUACACCGGAGGGUUUGGGAAACCAGCAUGGAUGGGUCCUCAUCAGGGUGGGUUUCAGUUCUGUGGGGUCCCCCAUCCCCCCAUCAGCUCCAUAUCCCUCCUCAGUCCCUCAUCCCCCAUCCUUCCUUCAGCCCCCCCAUCCCUCCAUCAGUCCCCCGGUACCCCAUUCCAGCGAAGGAGACCGAGCCUUCAGAUUCACCAUUUUGUGUGUGUGUGUGUGUGUGUGUGUGUGUGUGUGUUUGAAAGAGAUCUGAGCACAAGUUUGUUUUGAUUAAUUUAUUUGUCUGUCCUGUAAUUCUAUGCUGCAAUCCAAAGAAUAAUGUGUGUUGCCGUGCGUUUAUCAUUUCCAUUGUUUGAUCGUCUCUGCAGCUCUGUGGAAAGGAAAAUAAAAGGAGGAAAAUUCUGUUUCAUAA